AGUAAGAUGGGCAGGUGGAGCCUUGCAAGGCUUUAACCAAAUUUAAAUCCUGGCUCUGCUACUUAAUAACGGUGCGACCCUGGGCAAGCCACUUAACCUCUUUGGGCCUUAUUUUUCCUUAUCUACAAAAAGGGAAUGAUAACAGGCCUGGCACACAGGAAUUUUUCCAGGAUUACAUAAGUUAAUAAAAUUGCUUAGGUCAGCGCUUUGCACAUAACAAGUGCUCAAUACAAAUUGGCCCUCACUCUUAUUGUUAGCACUUAGUGGGUGCAACCAGAUAGACUGGGUAGGGCAGUAAUGAAACUGACCUGUCUAUUUUUUCCUUUCUCAGGGAGGCACCUGCCUCUUGGGCCUCAGGCACACUGAGCCUGCUAGGGCCUCCUGCAGUCGGCUCUCCUCCACAGAGCCAAAGGCCAGGCCUGGACCGUGAGGCCGGACUCCUAUCCCAUACUACCCUCCCAUGGCCUAAGAUCCAGGCCCAGGGUCUUGUUGCUGUUACAGAGCAGAGGGCCGGCAGAUGAAUGGACACCUUGAAGCACCCGAGCAGCGGGACCAGGCCCUGCACAUACAGCGGUUGCGCCCCAAACCUGAUGCCAGGCCCCGGGGUGGCCUGGUCCCGCUGGCUGAGGUCUCAGGCUGCUGCACCCUGCGAAGCCGCAGCCCCUCAGACUCUGCAGCCUAUUUCUGCAUCUACACCUACCCUCGGGGCCGGCGCGGGGGCCGGCGCAGAGCCACCCGCACCUUCCGUGCAGAUGGGGCAGCCACCUACGAGGAGAACCGUGCUGAGGCCCAGCGCUGGGCCACGGCCCUCACGUGCCUGCUCCGAGGACUGCCGCUGCCUGGGGAUGGGGAGAUCACCCCUGAGCUUCUGCCACGGCCGCCCCGGCUGCUCCUAUUGGUCAAUCCCUUUGGGGGGCGGGGCCUGGCCUGGCAGUGGUGUAAGAACCACGUGCUACCCAUGAUCUCGGAAGCCGGGUUGUCCUUCAACCUCAUCCAGACAGAACGACAGAACCAUGCCCGGGAGCUGGUGCAGGGGCUGAGCCUGAGUGAGUGGGACGGCAUUGUCACGGUCUCAGGAGAUGGGCUGCUCUAUGAGGUGCUGAACGGGCUCCUGGAUCGUCCAGACUGGGAGGAAGCUGUGAAGAUGCCCGUGGGCAUCCUCCCCUGUGGCUCAGGCAAUGCGCUGGCCGGAGCAGUGAACCAGCAUGGGGGGUUUGAGCCGGCCCUGGGCCUCGACCUGCUGCUCAACUGUUCAUUGCUGCUGUGCCGGGGUGGCGGCCACCCGCUGGACCUGCUCUCAGUGACACUGGCCUCAGGCUCCCGCUGUUUCUCCUUCCUGUCUGUGGCCUGGGGCUUCGUGUCUGACGUGGACAUCCAGAGUGAGCGCUUCAGGGCCCUAGGCAGCGCCCGCUUCACGCUGGGCACAGUACUGGGCCUCGCCUCACUGCACACCUACCGCGGACGUCUCUCCUACCUCCCUGCCACUAUGGAGCCUGCCUCGCCCACCCCUGCCCAUGGGCUGCCCCGUGCCAAGUCAGAGCUGACCCUGACUCCAGACCCAGCCCCACCCAUGGCCCACUCGCCCCUGCAUCGCUCAGUGUCUGACCUGCCCCUACCUUUGCCUCAGCCUUCCCUGGCCUCCCCUGGCUCGCCUGAACCCCUUCCCAACCUGUCCCUCAACGGAGGGUGCCCCGAGCUGGCCAGGGACUGGGGUGGNGCUGGGGAUGCUCCACUGUCCCCAGACCCACCACUGUCCUCACCCCCCGGCUCUCCCAGGGCAGCUCUAGUCUCACCCAUCGCCCAGGGGCCCCCAAUAAUCCCCCAAUUCUCUAGGCUCCCACCUCCUAUCCAUGACACCCCGGUAGCUGUCUCCACCUACGGCCCGCCAGACCAUCUGCUGCCUCCACUGGGCACCCCACUGCCCCCAGACUGGGUGACGCUGGAGGAGGACUUUGUGCUCAUGUUGGCCAUCUCGCCCAGCCACCUGGGCGCUGACCUGGUGGCAGCUCCACACGCGCGCUUUGACGACGGCCUGGUGCACCUGUGCUGGGUGCGUAGCGGCAUCUCGCGGGCUACGCUGCUGCGCCUUUUCCUGGCCAUGGAGCGUGGUAGCCACUUCAGCCUGGGCUGUCCGCAGCUGGGCUAUGCCGCGGCCCGUGCCUUCCGCCUGGAGCCGCUCACGCCUCGCGGAGUGCUCACGGUGGACGGAGAGCAGGUGGAGUAUGGGCCGCUGCAGGCGCAGUUGCAUCCUGGCCUCGGUACGCUGCUUACUGGGCCUCCGGGGUGUCCCGGGCGGGAACCCUGAACCUAAAUGAGCUUGGAGCCCGCCGGGGGCGGGGCCUACAUUCCAAGGGGGAGGAGCCUGAGCUAGGGGCGUGGCCCGGCUGCUA